AUGCCCGGCGCACAAGCGCUUACAGCGUUACGAGCACCUACUCAGCCGCCCAUCACCGGCAGUAGACCCGCCCAAGACGCCUCGGAACGGGUCCGCCUACAUAUUGCACCUCUAAACCCGGCUCUCCUCAAGGCGAUUGUUCCUCCGUCGCUCCUUCCAUCAGCAACAGACAUCUCCUACCACACCAUCCAGACAUUUCCUGAAAAAAGCUACGGCUACGUCGAACUUCCCACCAUGGAAGCGCAGAAGCUGAAGAAGAAGCUUAACGGCUCUAUCCUCAAAGGCUCGAAGAUCAGGAUCGAGGAUGCUCGCCCGGAGAAGCGGAAAGCUGGGGAUCCAGCCGAUGUGAACGGUGUGGCUGAAGAGCAGACCGAGAAGCCGGCCAAGCGUCGGAAGAAGCAGAAGAAGGAGGAGGGAGUCAUUCCGGGGUUUGAGCUGCCGGAGGGGAGGAAAGUCAAGCGUGGCUGGACCGAACCAGCGGAGAAGGCUAAGGGGAAAAGGAGCAAGGACAAGGAUAAGGCUAAGAAGCAGAAGACGGAGGUGUCGAAGUACUCAAAGGAGCCGGAGAUGUUGUUCAAGACGGUAGUGCCGCCGAAUAAGGCUGAGGUGAAGCCACAAAAGAAGGAGAAGGACAAGGAGAGGGAGAAGAAGUCGAGGCCGGGAAAGAAGCCUGUGACGGUCCAUGAACUGUCUAAGACCAUGAAGUAUGCGACAUUCCUCAAGGACAGCCAGGUUUCAAUGGAUGCGAAGGUGGUCUCGGAGUACGUUGAGGGCAAGGGCUGGACGGAUGCUCAAGGGAAUUUGAUUGAGCCUGAAAGUGAGCGACACUCGAAGAGAAAGCGGCGCACAGCCACACAUAGUGAGGCAGAGGCGCCGGCCGCAAACUCGAAGUCUUCAAAAAGCUCAACAAAGCCAGCGGCAGCUGAGACGGAGAGAAGUGAGCCUGAAGAGAGUGCAGCAGCGGAAGGCGAUGCAGACGAGGGGGUGUCUGUCAAUGAGCCUAUCGAAGGAUCUUCCAAAGCGAAGACUAAGCAUAUCCAGAGGGCUGCGGAGGUUGACAUUCCCCGAGAACCAGCAGGCCAUGACGACGAUAAUGAUUCGGACGUCAGCUCCGUGGUCUCCUCAAGUUCGUCAGAUGUCAGCAGCAGCAGUUCUGAGUCGGAUUUAUCACCCUCCUUCGCGUCUGAUAACAAGGAGACAGACGAGGCAGCCGAGACUCCUGUCCCUGCCACCCCGACCACAAAGCCUAAUGAUGGUUCACCGCCAAAAGAGGUCCACCCACUGGAAGCCCUCUUCAAGCGUCCCAAAACACCCGGCAGUGGGGGCGCACCGAAGCCUGCACCAAUCAACACCUCCUUCAGCUUCUUUGACGCGGAUGCUGCGGACGAGGAUGAGGAUUCAGCCGCUGUAAACCAACCUAUGACGCCCUUUACACGCCAGGAUCUCGAUUACCGGGGGCUCAGAAGUGCAGCACCAACGCCCGAUACAGCCGGUAUCGGGCUCAGAUUCAAGGUACCUUGGAAAGACGAUGAUGAGGACGAAGGCGAGGAUCAUGAUAAUGAGGAAGGCAUGGCAGAUAUAGAAGUUGAUGCCAACAGUACGCCUCUUGGCAACAAGAGGGCCGCGCUGAAUACAGCGGAUGAAGAGGAGAAGCCUGAAAGCGAUUUUGCCAAGUGGUUCUGGGAGCACAGGGGCGAGACGAACAGGGCGUGGAAAAGGCGUAGAAGGGAAGUGCUGAAGGCGAAACGGCAGAGGGAGAACAGGAAGCUGGGAAGAAGAAUUGUGUGA